GACAACUACAGGAGCCAGAGGCCUGAGACCUCGCCGAGUCUUGCACGUUUAGUAUAUAAGUUAUUUUAUAUUCCGCGUCGCGGCCAGCUCCCGAAACCCUCCUCUCGUUUCUUUCUUGCCUCCCACGCCGCCGCCGCCAUGGCCGAUCCGAGGCUGUUCCCGUCGGGAUCCGACGACCGCCGGGAUGCCUCCGGCCGCCGCCUCUACAACCCGUACCAGGACCUCAAUAUCCCCUACAAGCAGCUCUACGACCUGCCCACCUCCCCGGAGUUCCUCUUCCAGGAGGAGUCCAUCGCGCAGCGCCGCUCCUGGGGCGAGAAUCUCACCUACUACACCGGCAUCGGCUAUCUCGGUGGCGCCGUGGCCGGGGCCGCGCUCGGCCUCCGCGAGGCCGCCCGGGGCGCUGAGCCCGGGGAGCCCGCCAAGAUCCGGGCCAACCGCGUCCUCAACUCCUGUGGCAGCUCGGGCCGCCGCCUAGGCAACACGCUCGGGGUCAUCGGCCUGAUGUACGCCGGGAUCGAGAGCGCCAUGGUCGCGGCCCGCGACCGCGACGACUGGAUCAACAGCGUCACCGCGGGCCUCGGCACGGGCGCGCUCUUCCGCGCCGCCAAUGGGCCGCGGUCAGCCGUCGUUGCGGGGGCCGUCGGAGGGGUCCUCGCCGGCACCACCGCGGCCGCCAAGCAGGUCAGCAAGAGAUACGUGCCCGCCUUCUGAUGCGUCCGUACGGUACUAUCUGUGCUGUGAUCAAACGAUCCAAUCAAUUCGUCGCCGAGGAUGUCAUUUAUUCGUUUCGUUUCUUGUCCUCCUGGUUAAUUAUUUGUAUUUCGGAAGAGUCAUGUUCUUCUCGACAUUCCUAUAUAUCGAGUCGUAUGCUUUAUAUGCAAACGAUCUGAUCAGAUCAGAA